UUUUAUCAACAUGUCUUGUUUAGCACAUAUUAGCAGCGACCAUUUAUUAGAAGAUCAGCAAUUGCUUGAUCAUUAUCAUACCAAAAACAGGCCCAAAAUGUCAUUAGAAAAUUUUGUUGAAGUUGAAAGUGAAAUAAUUACAAUAAAUUGCGAUUGCAAUACGUUCAUAUUUAAUUGGGUUUUAAAUUACGACAGACAAGUCAACAUUUUAAAGGAGGCAAUGGAAAGUCAACAAAAUAAAGUUCAGAUAUUUAAUAAUUUGACGGAGAAAGCAUUACUUAAUGUUGUUGAGCAGCUUAGCCGCACAAAUUUUGAAUUAUUUAAUUACAUAUGCAUUAUAAUUUUGGACAAUCAGUGUCCCUAUGAACAAUUUAUACAAACUUCCGAUAAAAUAAAUGUUCUUUUGGAAUCUGAAAUUCUUACAAAAAUAAAAACCAAUAUCUACUUAACAAAUGUGAAGCGAUUAUUUGUAAUUCAAAAACUUUUAGAUAUUCGUGAUAUAGAUGAUGAAGAACUGGAUAAAAUCAACGAUAUGAUAAAAGAACGUAAAAGUAAAGUUAAUUUAGGAAGAACUUUAUCUUAUGGUUUGUCGCAAACCCUAAAAGCCUGUGAAUAUGAAAGAAACUAUUUAGAUAGUCCCUUUUUGGAGGUAUUUUCACAAAAAUUUCGCCAUCAUGCUAAAACAAUGAAAAUAAACGAAAUUUUCAAUGACAUUAGGCGAGAGAUUAAGGAACUUAGAUAUGAUAUAAAUAUUGAGAAUGGAGGUAAUGAAUUACCAACAUGUGAUCUUAUAUAUGGAGAUUGCUUCAAAACAAAUGUAUUAAGAGACUUUUUCUAAUGAUGGACUAAUAAACGAUAUUUUCAUUUUAAUAUAAAAAAAA